AUGGAGGCCAGUCGCAGCCACGUCAAUCUUACUCUUCCCCUGUUCCUCUUCCUGCUCCUGUCUCCUGGAGCCUCGGUAACCGGCGUAUCCGAUCUGCUCAACGAGGGCAGCAACAUCACCGACGGCAACACGCUGGUCUCAGCCGAUGGGUCGUUCAUCCUGGGCUUCUUCUCUCCCCGGGUGUCCACCAACAGAUACCUCGGGAUAUGGUUCUCCGUGUCCAACACCACCGUCUGCUGGGUGGCGAACCGUGAAAGGCCCCUGAACAGCACGGCGGGGGUUCUGGUGUUCAGCGACACCGGAAACCUUCUCCUGCUUGAUGGCUCAGGCCAGACCGUAUGGACAUCCAACUCCACCACGAGGGCAGCUCCUAGGGUUGCGCAGCUUCUUGAAUCCGGCAACCUGGUCAUCCGUGAACAAGCCGGCCACACCACCGUGUGGCAAUCGUUCGAUUAUCUGUCCGACACGCUGCUUCCUGGUAUGAAGAUGGGCAAGAACCGAUGGACAGGGUCCGAGUGGUACCUCUCGUCGUGGCGUUCAGCCGACGACCCGUCUCCGGCCUAUCGGUUCGUCACGGAGGUGAACGGGCUUCCGGACAACACCCUCUGGGACGGGAGCACCAAAGUCUACCGCACAGGGCCCUGGAACGGACUGCGGUUCAGCGGCACCACGGAGGACGCGAGCUACACCAGCAUGUUCAAGUUCGUCGUGACCAUCAACGACGGGGAGGUAACCUUCGGGUACACGGCGACACCCGGCACGCCCCCUUCCCGCAUCUUGGCGACGUCCACCGGCUUUGUCAAGCGGCUGGUAUGGGAGGCGAGCGCGCAACGAUGGGAGACCUUCUUGAAGGGGCCGAGGGACGUCUGCGACGCCUACGCCAUGUGCGGGCCGUUCGGCCUCUGCAACGCCAACGCUCCUUCGACGUCCUUCUGCAGCUGUCCCAGGGGCUUCACCCCGGCGUCCCCCGCGGAGUGGGACCUGAGGGAGAACUCGGGUGGAUGCCGGCGAAGUGCCGCGCUAGACUGCGCCCAAGGGAACGAGGGCGCCAGCACCAGCAGCACGGACGGGUUCAUGGUGCUCCAGGGCGUGAAGCUCCCCGACACGUUCAACGCAUCGGUGGAUGCGAGCACCACGGUGGAGGAGUGCAGGGCCAGGUGCUUCGCCAACUGCUCCUGCGUGGCCUAUGCCCCUGCUGAUAUCAAGGUAGGUGCUGUCGCUGGGUGCAUCAUCUGGACAGGAAACAUCACCGACCUACGCUACGUGGAUGGAGGGCAGGCUUUGUACAUGAGGCUGCCAAAGUCUGAACUAGGUGCGUACAACCUCCUCCUCUCGCUAUUUUCACCGAAAACAACAAUUUCAAUUAUAAGUCUUUCAGAUGCUACCGACCCCGCUGCUAGUCGUCGAGAUCGUGCUUCGACUGUCGGGUCGGUCCCUGCAGCUGAUCCAUCUACUAUGACUGAAGCCACGGAAGAAUUUUCCGAAGCCGGCAUAUGUGUCCCUGCAGUAGAUCUGCCUUCUAUAAAGGCGGCCACAGACGAUUUUUCUGAUAGCAAUAUCAUUGGCAAAGGCGGAUUUGGCGUGGUUUACAAGGCCCGAUUAAAUGGUGAUGUCAUCGCUGUAAAAAGACUUAGACCAUCUGGCCGUACGGAAAAAGGCAAGAAUGACUUCACAAGAGAAGUGGAAGUGAUGUCAAGGGUCACGCAUAUAAAUCUUGUGAAACUAGUUUCCUACUGCCAGGAAGAAGACGAGUGGAUACUAGUCUACGAGUACAUGCCCAACAAAAGUUUGAGCCCCUACAUAUUUGGAGAAAACUCAUCACCCCGUCCAUCGUUGACUUGGUUUCAAAGGCUAGAGAUAAUCCGUGGUAUUGCGAUAGGUGUUGAUUACCUUCACAACAAGGAAGUCAUCCACAGAGAUCUUAAGUUGCCGAACAUACUCUUGGAUCACGAGCUAAAGCCUAAGAUAGCGGACUUCGGCACCGCAAAGCUAUUUAUUGAUGAUCAGACGAACCCAACAUUAGUACAAACACCGGGAUACAUUGCUCCAGAGUAUGCAAGGGAAGGCAACCUGACGCUCAAGUGUGACGUAUACAGUUUUGGAGUGGUCUUGCUAGAGAUAGUCUCUGGCAAAAAGAUCACUUCCGCAAAAACGUUUCUUCUUGAUGCAUGGAGGUAUUGGAACAAAGGAAAAAUCAAGGCCCUUCUUGAUUCGCAGGUGGCUGAACCUAACCAUCAGCUCUCGUUGGAUCUAUCCAGGGUUAUCCAGAUCGGGCUUCUCUGCGUUCAACCAAUGCCCAAUGACAGGCCUACCAUGCCAGAGGUGGUCGUAAUGCUAACUGACAGCAGUUCAUGGCUCGCUAGGCCCAAGAAGCACGAGUUUAAUGGCUAUAUGUCACAAUGA